AUGGUGCUGCGAUGCUGGGCUCUGAUCGCGCUGUCCCUCCUGAUGUCCACCAGCCAGGCGUUCAGAAGAAUUGCUUUGAAAAAGAUGCCCUCCAUUCGGGAGACUCUGCGUGAUAUGGGGGUCUCGCCUGCCCAGGUCUUUGAUGAAUUGGCAGAGGAAGCUGGAGCGAACCCCUCCUCAAGCAACGGGACAGCCCCCACCCCGCUGAUCAACUACUUUGAUACUCAGUAUUUUGGGGAGAUUAGCAUUGGCUCCCCAGCUCAGAUGUUCAAUGUGGUUUUCGACACAGGCUCAGCGAACCUCUGGGUGCCUUCUGCGACCUGCUCCCCACUCUACACUGCCUGCUUUACCCACAACAGAUAUGAUUCCUCGAAAUCGCGGACACACAUCGAGAAUGGCACAGGCUUUUCCAUCCAAUACGCCUCCGGAAAUGUGCGAGGAUUCUUAAGCGAGGAUGUGGUUGUGGUGGGCGGGAUUCCGGUGGUGCAGACAUUUGCAGAGGCCACAGCACUGCCCGCUAUGCCCUUCAUCUUCGCCAAGUUUGACGGAGUGCUGGGCAUGGGCUACCCCAACGCCGCCAUCGAUGGCAUCACCCCGGUGUUUGACCGCAUCAUGUCCCAGCACAUCCUCAAGGAAGAGGUCUUUUCUGUGUAUUACAGCCGAGACCCUAAGCACACACCUGGUGGAGAGAUUGUCCUGGGAGGCACUGAUCCUGACUACUACACUGGCACCUUCAACUACCUGCCAACCAGCGAGACAGGCAAAUGGGAGGUCAGGAUGAAAGGGGUUUCCGUAGGGGCAGAGACCUUAUUCUGUAAGGAGGGCUGUGCGGCUGUGAUUGACACCGGCUCCUCCUACAUCACAGGUCCUGCCUCCUCCGUGUCAGUAUUGAUGAAGGCUAUUGGAGCCACAGAACUCGCGGAGGGAGGGUACACAGUGAACUGCGACCUGGUAAAAUCCUUACCAAGUAUCUCGUUUCAUCUGGGUGGUGUUGAGUAUUCACUGACAGAUGAGGAUUACAUUCAAUGGCAGUCACAGUUUGGAGAGGACAUCUGUACCGUCACCUUCAAGAGCCUUGAUGUCCCCCCACCCACUGGCCCCAUCUGGAUCCUCGGUGCCAACUUUAUUGCCCGCUACUACACCGAGUUUGAUCGCCGAAACAACCGGAUCGGCUUUGCCACAGCUGUGUGA